UCUUGCUGUUCCUGACACGAUUCCCGACUCGAGCACGUUGGUUUUGCUUGUCCCAAACUCCACACCUCCGUUGCACGACACUGCACACGCCUUGCUUGAAAGAACUCACGUGCCCGGAAGCUGUCCACCCAGACCACUUCGUCCCUUCAGAUUAGCCAGCAGACUUUUCUGUCGAAGUCCAGGCUCUCCUGACUGGACUGCUUCCAAACAUCACUGCGUCCACUCUGCCUUGUCCGAUAUUACCGGACGCCUCGCAUGUGACUCCGGUAACCCGAGUCGUGCCUGUGCCCCGCCUGCAAUUGGACGGACCUCCCGUGCUCUGGCUUCGGCGACUUCGCUCACACCGAGACGUACUUCCAGGUGUUCGCGGGCACAAGCCUCGAGCAGGUAAAACACCCUGCAAGACCGCGCCCGAACAUUUCGCCUCAACAGGGAGAAACGCACAGCGAUCGCUGUCUGGCACGACAACAGCUACAACGGCGCAUUCCAAGCUUUAUUGACCAUCCCCAGAGUACAGAUCCUAGCCUCGUUCGUGGCAGCGAAGUGAGCGGGUUCGCAUGGCGGGACGAGCUCACCGGAAAGUGGCACUGGGGAGUCGGAUUGGGCACGAGAGGUGAUUUGCGGUGUGCAUCCGGGAAUGCCAUGGUUGCUUUCACGGCAAGAAAGGGACGGUUCGAAUACCUCUGAGAGCAGGCUCGCAGGAUCCUACCACUUGGUUGGCUCCUCGGGGACGGGGCAACGGCGAUGCAUGCCUUGCGCUGUUUCGCGGGAGAGACCUGGUUCCAGAAGAGAGAGAGCCGUGCCCCCGAUACGGCAGCGGAGCGGGGAGGUGGGCAGAAAGGUGUCGAACUGCGUGACCUGUUUGUCCACCUUGGACGGCCUCUCUUGGCUUUUUCUGCCGAGUCUCCGUGCACAAAGUGGAAUUUCUUUGUCUCCGACAGGAACUUUUCUCGGGGCUCCCGCGCGCUCUCCUUCAGGUCGUCCUGUCUGGUACUUUCUACAGUGCGUGCGCAGGGGGGUGUGGUGACGGCACCGCAAGUCGUCCUACACAACCACCCGCGUUUCUCCCGGUCUCUCGCUUGGAAGAGACGUAUGUUAAAACACAUCGUUUCUGGCAUUUUCGUUCGCUUCGACGGGAAACGCCGUUCUUUCUGCUCCGUAGCUCCAGGGAUUUUUCUCACCGACCCUUUCCUCCGUACCCCCCUGCUCCCGGUGCUUCUCCCCUGUCAUCCCUUCUUCACACGAGAAACGACGCACUGGACAGGAGCGGCACUAAUCCGUCUCUCUCCCUUUCUGUCGUCUCCUCAGGCUCUCUGCCUGCCCGUCUCGGCUGCUUCCCCCUGUUUUCCUGCUCUCUCGGCCUUGUAGUUUCCUCCACAAGCAACCCGU